AUGACAGUAAUGAGUAGGAUUGGAUUGGAUUAGAUAAGGCAGGCAUGAUAAACACAUGCUCUAGUUUCUCAUUUGACUUUUGAUCAAUCCAGUGGUGUUCUUCCGGUCACAGAAAGCCUUGUUUGAAUCUUCUUCGAUUUCUCUCUCUCUAUAUGUUGACCUUUUUUUCCGUCUUUGUUUUUGUUUAUAUGCAUGCAAUAAAUCGUGUAAUUUUAACCACUCUUGAAACGAUGGCUUCUUGGAGGAUUCUACGUGAGGCUCAGUCUUCCUGUCUGUUCCCUACCAAGUCAACUGGACAACGAGAGAUCGACCUCCACAAGCAACACUCCGACAUAGCUUCCGGGCGAUAAGGCCGCCUACGUUUUUAGCUCACGAGCAGCAGAUCUGUUUGACAACCGAUCGAGAAAGAAGAAGAAGAGCACAUGAACCCAAGUGGAGGUCUUUAAAUAUGUAGGCGCAUCCCGAUAACAUCCACAGCUUAGUGUGCCACCACCACAUCGAGAUGUCGAACUCGGAAGCGUCUCUCGAGUCCACUCCUAGCUGGGCUGUCGCUGGUGUUUCCGCCGUUUUGAUCUGUGUAGCUCUUCUCAUAGAGCACGCCCUUCACCGGUUAACUCUGCUGCUGGAGAGGAGAAAGAGGAAGACCCUUAACCGGGCUCUCGGCCAUGUCAAAGCAGAACUCAGGAAUCUGGGGUUCAUGUCCUUGCUGCUGACUGUCGCUAAGCAGCCCAUCUCAAAGAUCUGCAUCCCCGCAGGCUUGGGAGACUCCUUUCUUCCAUGCAAGGAUGCUGCACCGCCAGGCAGAUUCACCGAGGAGCAAUCCUGCCAAAAUAAGGGCAAGAUAUCUCUGCUCUCCUCACAAGGAACUCAGCAACUACAGAUCUUGAUCAUCGUGCUGGCUAUGUUCCAUAUCCUUUCUUCCCUUGUAACCUUGGCUCUUGGCGAGGCCAAGAUGAAGAGGUGGAAGACAUGGGAAGAAGAAACCACUACUCUGGAACAUCAGUUAUCGAAUGAUCCUCGUAGGUUAAAGCUUGCACGGCAGACAUCAUUCGGAGAACGGCAUCUGAAGUCUUGGAGUAAUCACCAUUUAUUUCUGUGGAUGGUCUGCUUUCUUCGACAGUUCACUGAUUCAGUCUCGAAAGCCGAUUAUUUUUCGCUUCGUCGCGGUUUCAUUGCUGUUCAUUUUUCUCAGGAUUGCAAGUUCGAGUUCCGAAAGUUCCUCCGGAGAUCAGUGGACAGAGACUUUGCAGUGGUUGUUAGUAUCAGCUUCUGGAUAUGGAUGUUUGCCGUGUUCUUCAUAUUCUUCAAUGCCUAUGGAUUUUAUAGCCAUUACUGGCUUCCCUUCAUUCCUUUAGUGAUUCUUUUGGUUAUAGGAACGAAGCUAGAAGUCAUCAUAACAACAAUGUGCUUAAAGAGCAGUAAUCAGGCAAUUGUUGUUCCAGGGACAAUAUGUGUUGAACCUGACAACAGCUUCUUCUGGUUUGGUCGACCUCGAUUGCUGCUGCACCUCAUGCAGUUCAUCUUAGUCCAGAACUCCUUUCAGCUGGCAUUCUUCGCGUGGACAUGGUACAACUUUGGGCUCCGGUCAUGCUUCCAUAGAGAGGUGGCAGACGUCGUCUUGAGCUUUGGGGUAGGCAUUCUGGUGCAGCUCCUGUGCGCUUAUGUUACGCUUCCACUGUAUGCGUUGGUCACUCAGAUGGGUUCCUCGAUGAAGGAAACCAUCUUCACUGAUGAGGUUAUCGAGAGCCUGAGAGACUGGAAGAGGAGAGCAAGGAAGAACGUUGCAGAACGGAGGUCGCUUGCCUCCGAUAAAGACGAAGCUUCAUCAUCCUGCAGUCACACGCCAAGAAAGCCAGAGUUCAAGUACCCUUCAGGGAGGUUAGAGCUGCUGGAAGUCCAAAGAGUGGUGGAAGAGAUCAUUCAGCAUGGUGCUAACAACAUGUCUAAUGAUGGCGAGCUCUCCUUUGGGCUAUGGAGAAGGCCGAUCAAUUAAUGUAAAUGCAGGCCUUGACCACUGUAUUUACUGUAAUUCAGGUCAACAUCCAAGAUUUUCCAAUCGAGGGAGAGGAUAGAUUGAUCGAUGAACAUAAUAUAUGCUAAGAUGUAAGAAUUCAAAGCACCAAAGAUGUCAAUUUUUAAUGUAA